UAUCAAUCGAAUAAUAUAUUUUAUCGAUUUCAGUUGUCUACAAUCAAUAUAGAAUGAAAUAAAAAAUAAUUUUAAACAGCCAAUCAUGAUUACAACACUUCAGACCCUUAAAACCAAGUUCUAUGCUGAUUCAGUAGAAUGGUGUCCAGUUAGUAAAGAUUCUUCAGUUCUACUUGUUGGUAAUUAUCAACUCGUUGAAGAAUUACAACGCUCAGAGCAACAGGAUGAAGAGAACUCAAAUGUGAACUGUCGUGUUGGUAGAUUGUAUGUAUAUCAACUAAAAUUAAUAGACUCUCAGGAACUGCUCUCCAUUGAUGAAGAGUUGAAUCAUUCCGGAAUAUUGGACAUUAAAUGGUUUCAUUCAGAUCUUAACGGUCACUCGUCAUUUGCCUUGGUUGAUGCUGAAGGUCAACUAUGUCUUUAUCGUCUUGAAGGUGAAGACCAGAAGCAUGUAUCUUUGACCAGUUCUGAAGAAUUAGAUUCUAAUGUUAUUGGUUUAUCCUUGGACUGGUCAAUUCCUCAACAAUCAAGGGACCCUUCUAUUAUAGCUUCCAGUUCUGAUGGUAAGAUCUCACUUUGGCAAGUGACAAAUACUGGAUUGAAGAACAUUAUUAGAUGGAAGGCACAUGAUUUCGAAGCAUGGAUUUCAGCUUUUGAUUAUUGGGACGAAAAUCUGGCAUACACAGGUGGGGAUGAUUGUCGAUUUAAAGGUUGGGAUCUGAGAAGUUCACAGAGCAAACCAGUUUUCACCAGCAAAAUCCAUUCAAUGGGUGUAUGCAGUAUACAGAGCAACCCUAAGCUACCACAUAUCCUAGCUACAGGAAGCUACGAUGAACAAUUGAUGUUAUGGGAUACUCGCAGCAUGAAGGUGCCACUUAGAUCUAAAUCCCUUGGUGGUGGAAUCUGGAGAAUUAAAUGGCACCCUAGUUCUGGUAAUUGUAUUGCUACAGCAACAAUGUAUAAUGGUUUCCACAUUAUUGACUGUGGACUUCACACUGCUGUCUGUUCUCCCACAUAUUGUCUCUUUGAUGAAGUUACAGUUGUGGGUCAGUUAAAGAUCAAGAUUGGAUGCCUGAUAUCUGGAAUGUUGUCAGGUACUCACAUUUGUCCAUUAGUUACAUAA